AUGGAUCCCGCCUUGGCAAAUAACGCGACAAUAGAAUCAUGUGCUAAGCAAAUCGUAGACGAUGAAGUGACUAUUUCGCAAAACAUUGUUGAACGAUAUUGGAAUGCGUUGCUUGACGUUAUCGGCGAUGAUCCUGAUAUGCUGUACGUUUGGUACUUAUCCAUUUACACCUACGCACUCUACUGGACCGUGGGAGGACUUUUCUUAACGAUGGACCUCACGAACCGGCCCAAGUUCAUGCGCAAGUACAAAACGCAACCCGGAACUCACGAACCGUUGGAAUGGGAACGCUUUAAGCAGCUCGUCACAACGGUCGUCUUCAACCAGAUCCUUCUAGGCUUCCCAGUUACGUACGCCGCGUAUCACGGUAGCAAAAUGUUCAUUACCAUGCCGGAUGUUCGUGUUGUCCCGUCGUUGGUUGAGUUUUUGCGCGAUAUGAUCAUUUGCAUACUGGCGUGGGAAACGACCGCCUACUACUCUCACCGGAUGUUCCAUAGUCGCCACUUCUAUCAGCGAUUCCACAAACUGCACCACGAAUGGCGAGCACCAGUGGCUGUGACAGGCAUGUACGUUACUCCGCUUGAAUUCCUGCUGAGCGGCCUGCUUCCGGUGUACGUUGGUCCGGCAAUUACGAGAUGUCCUUUGUUCACAACCGUCCUAUGGAUGACCUUCGUCAUGUGGGAUACCAUCGGAGAUCACUCCGGUUACCACCUACCAUUCUUGGGCAGCUCUGAGUCUCACGACUAUCAUCACCAAAAUUUCAACCAGUGCUACGGAAAUUACGGAUUGUUCGAUCAUCUUCAUGGUACCAACAGCGAUUUUCGCAAAAGAAAACAAUACCAAAGACACCAUCGAAUUUUCAGCUUCAAAUCUGCCAGGGAGCUUGUACCGGACAAAUAG